AGCGCGUGUAGUGAAAAGGGCCAGAGGACAACAAGCGCUCCAAACGUGCGAGAUGGAGACCAAAAAUUGCGCGUCUUCUAUCAGAUCCGUUCACAAUAUAGAGCUCUGAAAAAUAUAUAUUUACGUUUUAUGCUGAAUACAGAUAACAAAUCGACGCAGAGGAAAGUUUAAGAGCAGGCUGAGAGAAAGAGAGAGUGUGAGAGAGAGACAGAGAGAGAGAGACACACAGAGAGAGAGGCUGAGAUUGUAUCUCGUUCUUCUGGUUGCAGUCUCCGCUGGACCGCACGCAUCCGUGCGCUGCUGUAGAAUGAUGACAAGCAGCAAAACGACUCUUGCUUUCUUCAUCUAUGGACUCCUCGUGCACUGUAGUGUAUGUUCUCCUCUCAGCUACCCGAGCGUCAGGAUGGAGACGGCGGGAUUCGAGGACGCCAACUCGUUACCAGAUUUAACGUUUGAAAGUGAUCAGAUUGCUUUUGCAAGCUCUCCAUCAGUCACUGGAGACACAUUCACGUUAUAUUAUCCUCCUUCGAACAGAAUGGAAAGGCACGCUGACGGGAUGUUUAAUAAAGCGUACAGGAAAGCGCUCGGUCAGUUAUCAGCGAGGAAAUACCUGCAUACACUGAUGGCCAAACGCGUGGGGGGAGGAAACACGAUAGAGGAGGACAACGAGCCGCUGUCCAAACGCCACUCGGACGGGGUUUUCACGGACAGCUACAGCCGCUAUCGGAAGCAAAUGGCAGUAAAGAAGUAUCUGUCCGCAGUCCUGGGCCAAAGCCCUGAAGACUUAGAUUUGCACCAAUUUCUACAAGACAUAGACUUUGGUGCGCUCCCGGAUGGGGAUGACAUUGAGGCAUUUUUGUUGGAUUGGCUGAAGCAGUUCCCUUCUGAAUUCUCGGCUUUGUGACACAGGAGGACGGCUUGGGUGCCUUUUCCUCAUCUUUAAAAUGGCCACCAAAUUCAGAUGGUACAUUAGUGGCCCUUCAAUGCUGCAAUCACCUGCUCACACGUCUCCUAUUUCAUUGAAUCAUUAGCGUUGCAUAUCUUUGCUGCCCCUGUUAUUUGAAAUCGACUCCCUGCAUCAUUUUCUGUGUUCUGGUUAUCUGUAUAGCAUUCAUUAAAGAUGCUCGCCUUUGAAAUUCAUGUUGUGUGUAGAGACUGACAGUGCCCAAAGCCUUACUUAACCCUUGAGAUAAAUCUUUAGAUGAAUAAAUCUGUGUCUUGUGUCAAUCAUUAAUACAAUAACGUACUGCACAUAAAUGUCAAAAAACACAGUGUUGUAAGAUUUGUAUGAAUAAAUUUUUGUAAACAACACAA